ACUUCCUUGUUUUGUACCUAUUCCUUGGGUCAGGGGACACAUUAAGCUGUUCACCAUUAAGUAUGAUGUUGGCUGUGGAUACUGUCAGGCUGAGAAAGUUCUCUUAUAUUCCUAGCUUACUGAGAGUUUUUGUCAGGAGUGGUUGUCCAAUUUUGUCAAAUUUUUUUCUACAUCCAUUGAAAUGGUUUUUUGACCUCUUAAUACGGCAGAUUACAUUGAUUUUUUUUUUUUAAUGUUAUGCCACGCACCCCCUCCCGCCUUAAUUUCUAGUCUUUCCUAGCUAUCUUCAUUUCUGGAGUGGGCAUGUAGAAUUUUACUUAUCUGAAUUGUUCCACUGCCCUCCCUUGAGCCAGCUAUCCAUUUCUGCCCUGUCUACGACUUGCUCAUGGCCUAUUGCGUGGCGGCAGGCAUAGGCUAACUGCACAGGAUUAGCAGGUUAGGUUGGUAAUGAAAUUGCGGCCAGGUGUAUAACGGGUGGCUGGCUUCCUCAUUGAGGAGGUGACAUAGCACCUACUUUGGAGGUUUGUGGUCUCAGGAGAGAACCAUGAUGUUGUAGGAGAUAGAGGUCCCCCACCCAGGCUGCUGUCCAGUGAUGCCCAAAUGGUGGGUGCUGCCUGCCUGCCUCCCUCCCUCUCUCCAGUAACUUUGGAGCUUGCUCCUUCUUGGGGACGCUGACUGCUCCAUGCUUCUUCUGUGGAACCUUCAGAGCAUCCUGUUUUCCCCAGACUAGCCCCUGCCCAGGGUAGGAGUGUGUGGACGCAUUUCUCUGUGAGCUGUGAAGCACAGCACAUGCUGGGUGUCUCAGAGGUAGCCUGAGCUCCUGGCGUGGAGCUCUCAUACCUUGUUUUUUGGGACCCUCAGAGGGUCUGUGCUGCACUGGGAGGGUGAGAGGCAGGCUUGCCGUCACCUGUCCCUCCUCUUUAAUCCUGGUAGCUCUUGUGUCUGUUUCCAGGAUGGGACAGCCUCUAAGACCAAUUCUUCAUUAAAGUAUAGUGUAUAUCCAGAAAAGUGUGCAAGUCAUGUUUUACAUCUCAGUGAAUGUUUGUGGAGUGAACACACCCCAGUAACCCCCUCCCAGGUCAAGAAAUAGAGUGUCUCCCCAAAAAGCCGUUCUUGCUCCCUCUGCUAUCCUCUCCUCAGCCCCAGCUUCCCCAGCUUCUGUUAGAAGUCCAUGCCUGCUUUUGAGCUUCCAGUCUAAUACAGAAUGUAUUCUUUUGUAACUGGCUUUUUCACUUGACCUAUGUUGAGAUUCAUCUUUGAUGUUGAAUGGAUAGACUGUGAUUUAGUCAUCCAUUGUACUGUUAAUGGCCAUGUGGUUGGUUUUCAGAUGGGGCUUUUCUGAAUAUGUCUGCCCUGAUCAUUCUCAGUACAUGUGUGCUCAUGUUUCUGUUGGUCCCUACCCCAGAGUGGAAUUGCCGGAUCCUGGGGUAUGAGUUCUAUCCUUAAAUGAUGUUUGACACAAUGCAGUGACUUAACCUUCCUGUUCCCCAUGACAGUAUCUUUGGUUCUCUGCAGUGAUCCCUGUUGCAGGAAUGCUCACUGAAAAGGUCCCCAUGCCCACCGCUGUUCUUCAGCUCCACACAGAGCCCAGGGCAGCUGGGAAGGGGAAGAGGUGGGCUUGGAUCUGACCCCUCUUGAGUUCAGUCUCGUGACAGGCUCCAUGGUGACCCCUCUUUCCUGAGUGCUUACUCUAUGUCGGGCACUGUCCUGGGAAGGGGGUGUCUCUUGUCCCCCUCCCAGAGGUCUGUAGGAAGCUUCUAUCAUCCUCCCACUUAGUGGCUAAGUGGGCUGGGUGGGUUGGCUCACCUUCUGUGUACAGUCUUCUGUGGUACUCUCUGCCCGGAAACACAUGAUACAGAGCUCACACAGCCUUUUAGGCCAUGUCCUGCCUGAUUGCUCUUAUGUCAUGCAGGACAGGCAUGCCCACCCUCAGUUACCUUUAGGGCCUGGUGAGUUUGCAGAUUUCAUGGGUUCGUGUUCUGUGGAAGCGGACAAGAGCUCCUCUGUACUUAACCCUGCGACUUGCCAAAUGACUUAACCAGCAUGACCCCCACCCAGGCUCUGACAGUUCCUAUUAACUCUUUUCAUUUCCACCCAGCUUAGAACAGACAUAGGUGACCCCACAUGGAGUGCCCAGGAAAGUGAGGGCCGCCAGACCCUGUGUGUCAAUCACAUGUCUGUAACACUCAUUGCUUACCACAGAGGUCGUGAUCAUCAUUUGUGGGUGUGGUCAUUUUUACCCAUCGAGGCUUGGCAGCCUCAGGUUAUUGGGCCAGUUCUGGGCUUGAGGCCCUCUGAGAAGGAGUAAGUCCUUGGUUCUCUUCUCCAUAGUCCUUCCCUUGUCCUAAAGGUGCCUGCUUGAUGUGCCACUUUGGUGCUCCUGCAGCCCAGCUGAGCCUCAGUUUUGAUGUCCCACCUGUUGGUUCUGUGCUUGCUGUUUCUAUCCAUGCCUUAGGACUGGGCCAAAACCAGCCCUUCCUGUAUCCUCCAGGCCUGCAGUAGGCGCUCAGAAAGCAUUUGGAAACUUGUUGAGUAGGAUUCUAGGAUGUCACCUGUUCUCAGGAUCCAAUAGCCCAGGAGGGCAGACUGGCAGGCUCUUGGGUACCACACUGGGUACUGCUGCCUUGAAAGGAUCUUACAAACUAUAGAGAAGCCUGGUGGACAGUGUGCAGGGUCCACCUGGCCUGACCUCUGUGGGUACAGUCUCCCAGAAUGGCAGUCACUGUACCAUUCAGGAUCUACAAACAUGAUCUCUGGUUUUCCCAACAUUCCACCCAGGCUUCCCAGCUCAUAGAGGAGGAGCUGGACUCAGGUUGGUGGCCAGUAUUGCUCUAAGUCUUAAUUGGGCCAGCAUUGGAGGCCGAGUCUGAGCUAACUGCUUCUCUGUCCAGCCCCAGUGCCAGGUGUUUUCAUUGGCAACUUGGGAGUGCACUGCUGUCACUUCACUGUUUCACUUAACAUUCUCUUGGAGCUUGGCCCCUGUCACUUCCUAAAAAGCUGGCUCGUUCUCAGUUUGGAUUAACUAUAGUCUGCAUACAAGUGGGCCAAGCGCUGUGCACACCCCUCCCAUAGGCGUCUUAUCUUGCUCAGCUGGUAUUCUUACUGGCUGUUCCAAUGAGAGCAAGGCUGGGAGGGAGGAAACGCCACUGGUGUGGUCUCUGUCAUCAGGUGCACUGCCAACUGGACCUUUUUCUUCAAGCACAGAUACUGAAGGAAAAUGCUCCACUUGGCUUUUUGACUUUACAGUUGUAGUAAUGAACCAAUUCCCAGAUGACAUGUUGAGAGCUCUUGUGCUCUCAGAAAGGGCUGAAUUACAACAAGAAUUGUAUAUUGAUGUGACUCAGAGGUCAGGAGAGUUUGAAUUUUGUUGAGAAGAGCAGCUAGGACUGUUGAGAGGGACAGCUUGAGAGCCACUGCUGUGGAGAGGAAAGCUCUCCCACACACUACACUAUCCCACCCACCCCCUCCUGUCUGCAAGCUUCUCUCUCCUCUACAGGCCUUUCGCAGAGGUCCCAUAGAUGGCAGCCGCUCAUGCCCAUGUGCUGAUGGGGAGCUCCAGUUACUGUCCUGGGCCGAGUUGCAGAUGCAGUUGGCAGCUCAGGCCAUGGGUGCUCUGCAGGCUGUGAGUGUACACAGUCAGGGCCAUGCAGGCAGUGGCCAUCCUGGAGCUGUGUACGCUCCUGGGGAGCAGAUGGGCCCCACUGAUGAGGAAGUGCUUUUGUGUUUUUGCAAGUGGUGAGCUUGGUGGCAACAGCUGAGACACAGCCCCCACCCCAACAUCAUUCUUCCUCUCAGAAGCAGUGCACGAGAGACUUUGCCCCUGUGGGUACAAGGUCCCAUGGGGUUUUGCCACAGGAAGGUGGCUUUGCCAGGCAGAGCUCUAGUGUGACAUAUGCCUGAGGGAGGUCUCCUGACUCCUCCCCAGCUAUGGGACCAGGCAAGGCAGAGCAGGGCCAGGAGGCUGCACCUUCUGAGCUAAAAGAUCCGGAACAUGGUGGCGGUGCAGGAAGUCAUCUCCAGCCUGGAGAAAUACCCCAUUACCAAAGAGGCACUGGAGGAAACUCGACUUGGGAAGCUCAUCAACGAUGUCCGCAAGAAGACGAAGAAUGAGGAGCUUGCCAAGCGGGCCAAGAAGCUGCUGCGGAGCUGGCAGAAGCUCAUCGAGCCCGUGCACCAGAAUGAGGCCACACUGCGGGGGCUGGCAGGCGCCACUGGCUCAGCCAAUGGGGGUGCCCAUAACUGUCGGCCAGAGGCAGGGGCAGCUGGCCCACCCAAGAGCAUCCACGACCUGAAGAACCGCAACGACAUCCAGAGGCUGCCCGGGCAGCGGCUGGACAGGCUGGGUAGCCGCAAGCGCCGGGGAGACCAGCGUGACCUUGGCCACCCUGGGCCACCUCCCAAGGUCUCCAAAGCAAGCCACGACUCCCUGGUACCCAACUUGUCCCCCCUCCCCACUAACGGGAUCAGUGGGAGCCCUGAGAGCUUCCCUGGCUCCUUGGACGGCAGUGGGCAUGCGGGCCCUGAGGGCAGCCGCUUGGAGCACAGCGAGAAUGACAAGCACAGCGGCAAGAUCCCCAUCAACGCCGUGAGGCCUCACACUAGCUCCCCGGGCCUAGGCAAGCCCCCCGGGCCCUGCUUGCAGACGAAGGCUGUGCUGCUGCAGCAGCUGGACAGGGUGGACGAGACUCCCGGCCCCCCCCACCCCAAGGCACCACCUCGAUGCUCUUUCAGUCCCCGGAACUCACGGCACGAGGGCUCCUUUGCCCGGCAACGGAGCCCGUACACAUACAAGGGCUCGGUGCCCAGUCCCUCACAGAGGCCCCAGUCGCUUGAUGCCACACAGGUGCCAUCACCGCUUCCGUUGGCCCAGCCAUCCACACCCCCUGUGCGGCGACUGGAGCUGCUGCCCAGUGCAGAGAGCCCGGUGCGCUGGCUAGAACAGCCUGAGGGCCACCAGCGGCUCUCAGGGCCAGGCUGCAAGGCAGGGCUGCCCCCAGCCGAGCCUCUCCUGCCCCGGGCAGGCUUCUCCCCAGACUCCUCCAAGGCAGACAGCGAUGCUGCCUCCUCCGGUGGCUCGGACAGCAAAAAGAAGAAGAGGUACCGGCCUCGUGACUACACGGUUAAUUUGGACGGGCAAGUGGCCGAGGCGGGCGUCAAACCUGUCCGGUUAAAAGAGCGGAAGCUCACCUUUGACCCCAUGACAAGACAGAUCAAACCUCUGACCCAGAAAGAGCCAGUGCGGGCCGACAGCCCUGUGCACACAGAGCAGCCCAGGACAGAGCUGGACAAACCCGAGGCCAAGGCCAACCUCCAGAGCCCUUUUGAACAGACGAACUGGAAGGAGCUGUCGCGCAACGAGAUCAUCCAAUCGUACCUGAGCCGGCAGAGCAGCCUGCUCUCAUCAUCGGGUGCGCAGACCCCAGGGGCUCACCACUUCAUGUCCGAGUACCUGAAGCAGGAGGAGAGCACUCGGCGUGGGGCCCGGAAGCCACACGUGCUGGUGCCUCACGGCCCACCCACGGACCUCCCUGGGCUGAGCCGAGAGGUCACACAGGACGAUCUGGACAGAAUCCAGGCCCACCAGUGGCCAGGGGUGAAUGGGUGUCAGGACACACAGGGUAACUGGUAUGACUGGACGCAGUGCAUAUCGCUCGACCCGCACGGCGACGACGGGCGGUUGAACAUUCUGCCUUAUGUCUGCUUGGACUGACCGUCCCGCGGGCUCUAAGUGCAUUCCCACCUUGCAGUUAGCCGUGGAGGGUGGGGCGCCAGGACCCUGCCACCUCCAGUGGUUGGGAAUCCAGGGAGUCCGGCCUGGGGCGGGAGGGAGGGGGCGAGAGUCUCUAGGUCUCUCCGUGCUCUUCCCUCAAAAUUCUCCUUCUUUUGUGAAAUGCUGCUACCAGUUUACUAACAAAAUUGCAAAGGAAGGACCGUGUGGAAGGAAGGCCAGCAAAGUGAGUUCAGAACUCUAUAGCAAACCAGCUAUAAAAAGCGUUAGUUCCCCACCUCAGAAGAGGUGUGGACGCUGCCCAGCCCCCAUGAGCUGGGACCUCAGUUGCAGGCAGGCAGAGAAAACCUGUGGAAGAGGUUACCUUUAACACAGCAACAGAAGCACGCAUCUCAUCUCUUUGCAUUUUCUGUUUUUUAAUGUGGCCCUGAGUGAGGCAGUGGGCAACACUGCAGCCUCUGUUUGCACCCCACCUGGCCAGCUUUUCCAUCGUGGUGCCAGAAGCUUCUCAGCUAUAGCAAGCUGCUGGCAUCAGUCAGGCCAACUGGCCAGCAGUUUGACCCACACUCCAUGGGCAUCCACACAUUUGUAUCUCGUUUCAGUUAAAACCCAGUUUUUAAAGAAAUGCUGCAAAAUUUAAGUUUUCUAGAGUUUAUUUUAUCCCCCUUUUCCAUCUCACCACCAGAUGAGUAACUUUACUUUGUUCCUCCCUCUUCGUUUUCCCCUUCCUGCACAAAUCUAGAAAAGUUCACCUUCCUAGAGUCCCUUCCUCCCCAAAAAAAACAAACAAAAAAAAAAAACAAAAAAAAAAACCCACAAAAGUAACCGCGGGUGCUACUGGUGUGUAAGCUGUACUGUUGGGUGAGAGGAGACCUGUCUGUACGCUGGAAACACUCAUAACCAUUCCUUUAGAUUCGUUUGCCUUAUGGUUAUUUGUCAUAAACGCGAUUUGCAAAAACAAGGAGCCUUAGUGAAUGUACAGUACCUAGACUUCUGUGUUCUCAGGAUGCAGAAGGGAGCAACUUUGCUAUUUGGUCCAGUAAGUGGACACCUUGUGAUAUAAAUGUGGAAAUAAAAGAAAAAAAAAAAAACAUUUGCACAAA